AUGGGCGGCUCGGCCUUUACAGGAGCACCUUACUUCCUAAGAACACCGCGCAUGCCACCCGAAGUUUACCGGCAUAUGGUCACGCAUUGCCACACGGCACUUUCCGGUCUAUUUCGGACAGUAACGGCACCUGUCGAGGCACCCGCCAAGGACAGUUUUGGAGACGUUGACUUUCUCGUUGCCGAGCCGGUUGGCGCAGACGUCAACGGAUCUCCAGAAACAAGCGAGCCGGAGGUGGAGAAGAAGCCAAAGACUGGCGGACCCCCAGCGAUUUGGACAAAGAUUGAGCAUGCCCUAGGGGCUGUGAGGCUCAAAUAUAAUGGCAAGGACGCCACCGCAAACUUUGCCUUGCCUUGGCCACAGAAAUAUGUCCGACCGGGGAGCAGUGUGGUGGACAGGACUUCAACCAAUGAUCAGCAAGUGACGACGGUCGACGGCACUCCGAAGCAUAAUGAAACUCUGACGCAAAAUGGCAAAAACAACCUGGCAGUGCGAGAUGCUGACAUCACAAAGGUUCAAGAGCAACCAGGCGACGAUAAGCAAGAAACUGCCAACUACGUCCAAGUCGACAUCCGAAUAUGCAAAUCUGUCAAGCAGCUCCUCUGGGCCGCCUUCAAGCACGCUCACGGCGACAUGUGGCAGCUCCUGGGUACCAUUAUCCGACCCCUCGGCCUCAAAGCCGACGAGACGGCUCUGUACCUUAUCAUGCCCGAGAUCGAGCCCAUCAAUAAGAAGCGCGCCAUGGUCUUCCUCUCGGACGACCCGAGCCAGGUGUGCGACUUCCUGGGCCUGCCUCACGCCGAUGGCCAAUGGGAGAAGCCCUUUGCCUCGGUCGACGACAUGUUCGCCUACGCCUCCCGGUGCCGUUUCUUCUGGCUCUGGCCGCAGGCACCAGCAGGAGCAGGCCCGGACGGGGACGACGCCGCCCGCGACCCGCUCUCGCCCACCAGGACGCAGACGGCCAACGACCGCCGCCGCAUCAAGACCCGCCCGGCCUACCGCGCCUGGGUCGACGACUUCAUCCCGCGCCUCCGCGCCCAGGGCCUGCAUGCGCCACCGCCCGAACUCGCUCCCCUUUCCCAGGACGCGUUGCGUGACCACGUCCGCGACGAGUGCUUCAGCUUCUUCCCGGCCUCGCGCGCACUCUACGCGUCCCAGCUGGCGGCCUGGACGGCCGAGCGCCAGGAGCUCGCGGUGCGCUCGGAGCUGAUCAAGGCCGUGGCGUCUCAGGAGGUGGUGGCGGCGCACCCGAGCUACGACCCAGUGCACGGCAACUCGAGGGGCGUCGUGCUGGCCGCGCUCAAGAAGAUCAUCGUCGAGGGCGACACGUCGUACGAGGGCAUCGUGCCCGCGUCGCCGCUGCGCAACCCCGACGGCACCUGGCGCAUGCAAGACGCCGCUACCUGGCUGAGGGGGAACUGGGCGGCCGUGGCCGAGGUCGCGUGGGCCAUGAAUCGCGCCAAGUGCGCUGAGAACAUGAAGACCAAGAUGAAGAGGAAGGCAGAGGAGUCGGGUGGGGAGGAUCCCGGAGUUGGCGGGGACAAGGUAGUGGUAGUCGUCGAGGCUGGGGAUGGCGCUGGGGUUGCGCGCGCCACGACUGCCGAAAGGUUGGAGAAGUCCACAUCCCUUGCGCAACGUCCGGUGCCGGAUGCGGCCGGACUUCCGUGGGAUGAAGACGGCGGUGGCCCCGUCAGCGGGCGCGGGUCGAAAUCGCCUGUGACCAGCUGUCAACAGCAUCUCCACGACCAGCACCUGGAUAAGAAGCAGGCUGUCUGA